CGUUGAAAAACAAAUAUUCUCGGAUUCAAGUGUAAACAAGGAAGAAGAGAUAAAUAGAGUGAUAGACAGAGAGAGAGAGAGAGAGAGAGAGAGAGAGAGUGGGUACAGCUGCUGCUGCUGCUGCUGUAGAAGAGGAGGAGGAGGAGAAGGGAGAGAGAGAGAAAGAGAGAGAGACCCACUUCCACGCUGAUGUUCAGGAGAGAAAACAGCAUCCAGCAGCACUUGGCUGUGUCAGGGAAAGGAAGCGACGCUGCCAGAGAGAAGAGACCAGCAAAAAUAAACUGCUGAAAAGUCAGCGAGAACUGUGGGGGACUUCAUGCUCCCUAACCCGGCCUUCAUAAACCCUGAUGGACAUUUCUGAUCCCUGUCUUAGUGGCCACCCAGGAGAGAGAUUAUAUCACAUGCUCCUUGAGGGGUGAUCACAAACCCACACUCUCUGAGACUCGAGUGGUAGAGACGCCCCCUGGAAAACUUCCCUGGAGCUUUGAGAGCAACACAAACGUUCCUAAUUUGUACGACUCACUCAAAGGAAGUAUUUAAUAAAGGAAGUAGUUCAUGUUUUAGCGAGGACCCACAAAAGAGACCCAGCCACGGCUCAGUGCAGGGUCUCAGACAAACUGUCAGGGAAGAUUGAUUUGGACGAGAAGAUGGAGGUGAUGGGGAACAAGAGCACCAGCUUGUCACAAGGUCCAGAUACUGGACCUACUCACAGAGAAGACGGGGCUUUACUUGAUAACACCACAGGAAGUGUUUCCAGAGACGGACCUCUGGGCCUCAGCCCGGAGCUGCUGGCCUCGCUGCAGUCCCUCGGAGAAAACAGCGACUACACACUGCUGCCACACUCCCUGCACCAGAUUGCAGAGGCCUACUCACUCCAAGAAGACUAUCAGUGGGCCAUUCAGUUCCUCCAGCUGGAGAAGCUCUACCAUGAACGUCUGCUCUCCAACCUUGCUGCCCUACAGGAGAACUGGGAGAGUCGGUGGAGAGAGAAGAACCCUGACAACAGUGAGGUUCCUGAGGUUCCUGCUGAAACCGACACAGUCAGUGAGAACUACAUCCAGGCCUUGAUCCAGAUCUGUCAGACACAUCCCAGACCAACCAUCAGUGUGGAAAAGAUGAAGAACCAGACACUGCAGUGCUGUCAUAAUGAAGAAACAUCACACCGAGAUGUAGAACCAGAACAGAAGAUGAACUCUGGAUCAGAGACAUCUUCUCUGCAGACGGGAGGUCAGGAGGGAGAUGAAGAAGAGGUUGGAGAGGAAGAGAAAGAGGUUUUUGAGGAAGGACAGGAAGUAGAAGAAGAGGAUGAGGAGGAGGGGACGUGUGCAGAGACACCAGAAGAGGAGGAGGAAGUGAAGGUGGAGUGGCCCUCAGGAGUCCCUCAGGCUUCAGAUAAGGAGUUGGCCAAACUGUCCAACACGGAAGGGAUCUCCUCUCCUGAUGGUCUGGUCUCAAUUCUGAAGAGGAGGAGAGCGUCGCUGGAUGGCCUGCCUCCCCCCAGCACCUCUGACAUCAAACCCAACUCCACGCGCAAAGUUCGCUUCAGUGAACCAGACGACGGCAUCGAGCAAGAUGAGGUAGGUGGAGAUUCCUGCCUGAUCCUCCUGCUGCUGUGCCUGGUUACCGUGGUGAUCAGCAUAGGGGGCACCGCUCUCUACUGCACCCUGGUGGACACUUACUCCAACAUUUGCACAGACUUCACCCAAAACGUGAACUUCUACGCCGUGAACGUGCAGAGGUUCUUCGAGGGCCUCGGUCACUGGCUGCCGCUGCGGACUUAACACACUUUCAUCUGCUUUUCCAUUUGCAUUGAGCUGCAGUGGAGAGUGUGACAGAGACAGAGAGGAUUAAGACUCUGCAGACGUGGCACCGUCAGGCACAGCUUUUAUUUCUUAUUCAACCACUGGACUUGUGUUUGAGCAGGAGAGCUCACAUCCCAUGGAUCACUGAGUAAAGUGUCAGUAAACUGGUGCUCAAAGCAAAACCCAACAGUGAAAACUGUCCUCACCUCUGAACGUCUGAGCGUCUGUUCAGUCUGAACCACACAGAUAACCAACACAGAGGGGCUCACACCUCUCAGCGACUGUACGUCUACAUUUUAAAGCGGGUAUUUUAUCUUUGUCGUAGUGUUUUGUCUUGUACAGAGAGUAGCAGUCUUUAGCAUCAUUACUGAGUGUGAGUUUUAAUUUAAUCCCCCAUCGUUGUCUGCUCUUUUGUACACCCACCUACAAAUAUUAAUUAAACGAUGAACAAUUGUUUUUUUUAAUCGCUCACUGCAAUAAAAAGCAGGUGCAUUAAGACGAUUCUGGGGAAUUUCCAUUGUCACGAAAAUUGUGAAUGAGGAAAAUGGUUGAAAGCCUAGUCAUUUAUUCUUAAGUGCCACAACGAGAUACCUGUAUGUUUACAGCUAUGAUUUUACAACAUAUUUAUAAAAUGAUUGCAAUAAUAUUAGUUCAGGAUAAGUGUGACAUGAACUUUAAUUAGACGUUAAUAUAGUCCCGCCUCGAAAGUUCCAUGCGAGUAUAAGCACAAGGCUUAAUUUGCUUUUGUUGAUUUUGUUGUUUUUGUAUCACUUAGUCCUAAAAUCCAUGUUUCCUGACACAAACACAGACACACACACACACACACACACACAAGCACGAAAGAUUCCUGUAACAUUUUGUUGAAAGAGAGAAAAUAAAACUUUAGUGUCUCCUUUG